AUGGAGUACGACACCAAGACACCGGGCUACUCGACAGCCGACAAGACCUCUUUUGGGUGGACCACAGCAAGAGAGAGAUGGCCUAUCAUCAUAACCCAAGCCAUCGACGACGUGUACCGAACCACCUCCCAGAGCAAGGACCCAGCCACGACCGAAGAGGGAAAGAAAAUUGUCGACGAGCUGGCACGCCUCAAGUAUGAGGUCCAGCACGACCGCCAGCUGACCCCCAUACGGGACGACGGCUUCCCCGACGUCGACGUCUACAACAAGGAGCUCAAGCAGCUGGGCAACCCGAGCUGGUUAAGCGUCAGCUGGCUGUACAGCGAGUGCUACCUCUUCAGGCGCAUAAGCACAUCCUUCGCCCUCUCCGAACACUGGAAGACCUACGACGUCUUUGCCCGCCAGAAGAUCAAGACCUUCCGCUCCUCCCGCCCCGCCGUCCUCGAGCUUGCCUCCCGGUACAAGGCCCUGCUGAAGCAGAUCGAAGAGAGCCAUGGAAAGCCAGCGGACGAGGAGGCAGAGAAGAUCUUGUUCAUGGAGAUGUGCGAGAUCUGCCUCUGGGGGAACGCCACGGACCUGUCGCUCCUGACCAACCUCACCUACGAGGACAUCCAGAAGCUGCAGGGUUCCGAGGCGAGGAAGAACGCCGAGAAGAACAUCCUCGUCAACGACCUACCCGCCGUGUACGACCUGCUGAGGAAGGCCAAGGCCGAGGGCAAGAAGGAGCGCAGGGUGGAUAUCGUGCUCGACAAUGCUGGCUUCGAACUCUUCGUUGACCUGAUCCUUGCCGGGUACCUCCUUUCCUCGGGCCUGGCUACACACGUCGUCCUCCACCCCAAAGAUAUCCCCUGGUUCGUGUCCGACGUCCUGCCCAGCGACUUUGCCGAGCUGCUCAACGCCCUGGCAAGCCCCAAGAAGUUCUACGAGACACCAUCAGAGGAUGAGGUGCUCCAGAACAAGACGCCGGCGCCGCUCGCGGACAAGGAAGCCGAGGACCUGUCCUUCCUGUUCCGGAACUGGAGCCAGCUCUAUGCUGAGGGGCAGGUCAUCCUGCGGCCGAACCGCUUCUGGACGCACCCGGGGAGCUUCUGGAGGCUGCCGGGCGGUGCGAAGGAGCUCUACGAGGACCUCAAGACGAGCGAGGUUGUCCUUUUCAAGGGUGAUCUGAACUACAGAAAACUUACUGGCGAUGCGAAAUGGGAUGCUUCGACGCCCUUCACCGAGGCGAUUGGUCCAUUGGGGCCGGGCUCCGGGGUCAAUGUGCUGGCCCUGCGGACCUGCAAGGCCGAUGUCGUCGUGGGCCUACCCCAAGGGAAAGACGAGGAGCUGCGUGCGACGGAGGGAGGAGGCGGCGACUCUGGCGCGCGGAAGUGGGCAUGGAACGGCAAGUGGGCCGUGGUUUCGUUCUCAUCUGGCAAGUGA